AGUAGUAGAUGUGGGCGAACAAGGUGUAGGGCUGGAUGCACGCAGUAGGCCGAGGAGCCGGAAGGCUGAUGUUUCGGGUCUAGACCCUUCGGUGUGGGUACCCGGAUCUCUAUCUAUGUAGUUUAUGGGUAAAGGUGGCAGGAGAGAUGCCUCGUUUCGCUCAACUUGUGAUGGGGCCUGCCGGCAGCGGGAAGAGUACUUACUGUUCCACGAUGCAGCAGCACUGUGAGGUGUUGAAUCGAUCUGUGCAGGUGGUGAACCUUGACCCUGCUGCAGAAUACUUUGACUAUCCUGUGUUGGCAGAUAUUCGGGAGCUCAUACAAGUAGAUGAUGUGAUGGAAGAUGAUUCCUUGAAGUUUGGCCCAAAUGGUGGGCUGAUUUUCUGUAUGGAGUACUUUGCCAACAACUUUGAUUGGCUGGCAGAUUGUCUAGGACAUGUGGAAGAUGACUAUAUACUCUUUGAUUGUCCAGGUCAAAUUGAGUUAUACACUCAUCUUCCAAUAAUGAAGCAGCUAGUAGAACAGUUGCAGCAAUGGGAGUUUCGUGUCUGUGGGGUAUUUCUUGUUGACUCUCAAUUUAUGGUGGAGUCAUUUAAGUUUGUUUCAGGUGUUAUGGCAGCCCUCAGUGCUAUGGUGUCUUUGGAAAUUCCUCAGGUCAACAUCAUGACAAAAAUGGAUUUACUUAACAAAAAAGCGAAAAAAGAAGUUGAAAAGUAUUUAGACCCUGAUAUGUAUUCAUUGAUACAAGACUCAACUGAGACUUGGAAAAGCAAGAAAUUCAAAAAGCUAACCAAAGCAAUUUGUGAAUUGGUUGAUGACUACAGUAUGGUUCGUUUUUUGCCUUUUGAUCGUUCAGAUGAAGAAUGUAUUAACAUAGUCUUGCAGCAUAUUGAUUUUUCCAUUCAGUAUGGAGAGGAUUUUGAAGUCAAAGAACCAAAGGAACAAGAAGACAGCACUGAAGACCCCAGUGCAAGUGAGCAGUUUUUCCAAGGUUCGGUGGCAGACUGAAGUUCCCAGACAUGGCUGAAUGUUUGGUCCAGUUAAACAUUUUGGUGUUUUCAGAAGCCUUCUACUUGGAUCCUCCCAACACUCUGACUUUCCAACAAUUCCUAAUAUGAGGAAAUUUAGGAAUCUUGUUUGGAACGCAACUUAUUUACACCAUAUUGUGUGGAUAAAAGCUCAAAACCUUAAACUGAUUUGUACAUUGAAAGAAAAUAGUAAUGUUUGAGCUUGCUAAAUAAUAUGUGCAGUUAACUUAACACAAAACUCCAACCCCUGAGGGUACUUGUUCUAUUUAAGGUAUCAAAAACAUUUUGUUGAUAUUCAGCAAAAUGUUGGGAACUUUAUUUUAUUUCAAGUAGCAACUCUAAAGGCCUGCACCUUUUAAAAAUAUUAUUUGCUACAAACUACGAAAAGGAUAGGUUUCCACUUUGUUGCUUACUCAAAAGCAGAAAAUGUACGAACUGUUUUUCUAAGUAUGUUAGGGUAAUUUCAUUUUGACAGCCAAUAAAAUGGGUAAUUGUUAGGAA